UGCUAGGUUACACUAUGACGUCAGGCAUGUAACAAAUCUUUGCGCGCGCACACGUGUGAGUAAUUGCCUUGUUGGCGGGCUAGUUUGUGAGAGGUGGGAAACUUCACUUCGUUAUGGAGCCUAAAAGGUGUUUAGAGCCUCCUGAAUCGAUGGAGGACGUUGUAAAAGGUCUUCAUGUUCUUUUUGAAGAAGACCGCGUCAAUGUUGAGCAGGUUAUUUCGUUUUUAGAGUCAUAUCGAUCAAACCCGGCUGAUUGGGCAAAAUACGCGAACUACGAUCCUCACCGGUACACAAGAAACUUAGUAGACGAAGGAAAUGGAAAAUUCAACUUGAUCGUAUUGUGUUGGGGAGAAGGCCAAGGGAGUUCUAUUCAUGAUCACACUGAUGCCCACUGCUUCCUGAAGGUGCUAGAUGGAAGACUUAAAGAAACACAGUAUCCAUGGCCCUCAGACUCUGAGCCUGAGAAACCUCUGGAACCAACAGCGUCAAGAUUUUAUGAGACUAAUGAAGUCAACUACAUCAAUGACAGCAUAGGUCUUCAUCGUGUGGAGAACGUUAGCCAUACUGACACAGCUGCAUCACUUCAUGUCUACAUCCCAGCAUUUGACAUGUGUCAGUCAUUUGACCAGCGCACAGGAUACAAGCGGAAAUGUCAAGUGACAUUCUGGAGCAAGUUUGGCUCGAGAACACCUUAUAAACCAAGCUCAUGUGCCAACUAAUGCUAUCCACAAGAAAAGAAGUAUAUGUGUUUUCACUGUAAGGAAUCUUUGAGAAACAAUACAUGUACAUCCCAACAGGGAUUGGUCAACAUUUAUGAUACUUAAAAUACUUCUGAUAUUUACUGCAAAUAUGAAAAUAUGAACAUAUAAAAAUAUGAGCUAUAUUACACGUACUUAAAGGUUUCAAAACUACUUUUAAGUUUACAGGCCUCGAAAAAAGUGCCAUCUGGUCAUCUGGGACAAGUAGAUUCUCCUUAGAACUGGGCAAGUGACUUUUCACUCGUACUUGCCCCAUGGGCAAGGGAUCAGGCAAGUCGUCUGACAAAUAAAUCAUUAAAAGAUCAAACUAUGACUUGCCAGGGCAAGCAAACUUUAAGAGCUACUUAUCCCAAGGGCAAGCUGGAAUUCAAGGUUUUUUUUGAGUCCUGAGUUUAAUGUUUGCCUAUUUGAUCUAAACAUGUACAUGCUUAGUUUUCAUUUUGUAGGCUUUUGAUAGUUUUGAAUUUUGCCUUCAUUGUACGUGCUAAACUCUAUUUAAUGUAUAGAACAGUAUUUUAUUACUGAAAAAACUAAAUGUCUAACAUCAAAUGAUAAAGUUCCUAUUCUCUGUAUGCCACAUGAAAUUAACCUAUGUAGCCAGAGUGAAGCACUCUACACAGGCUACAUGAAAUUCAAUUUACUUUAAAAAAAGAGACAAGUGCAGGGAACAGAGUGUUGUUAUAAAGUUAAGUGAUUGUUAGAAUGCCAUGGGCUAAAACGUUGAAAAAUGUUACAAAGUAUACAUUGAUAUUGGAAUAGCAAUAAUUAAGUUUUGGUCUUACCUAGGAAGACUUUAAACAAAUCAUAUUUUCUUAUGAAAUUCAUAGAUUGUUCGCUUUAUUAAGACUGUAUUUUGUAGUUGGAUAUUUUACGCAAGUUAAAAACUGUUUGUUAAGUCCUUGUUGACUAUUAAAAUGUACUUCACAGGUGUGAAAACCUUUGGAAUGAAAAAAAGUUAUUAAAGCAGUUGUUGAUUGUA